AUGGCGAACAACACUGACGCGGAAGCGGCGUUCCUGCGGUCUAUGCAAACCGGUUCUACCGACACAUACAGCCCCUACAAUCCAGCGCAACAGCCUGCGACGGGCGACGAGGAGGAUGAAGAAGAAGACUACGAUCCCUCAAGUUUGCUGCCAGAGUCCACAGAUGACGCAGUGCCCGCAAUACAGACAACGUCAACCACACCCUCAGACUCCCAGCCGGCAUCGCGGCCAGCUUCUACUGUGCAAAAGCAGCCCCGAACAGUGGGUGGGUUCGUCGUGGAUGACGAUGAUGAUGAGGAAGAGACACCCUUCAUGAAACCACCGAUGGCUACGUCAAAUGGGUUGUUGAAUGUUUCACGGGGCUCUACACGUACACCACAGCGUUCUCUUUCUCAAACACCAAGCAAUACACUUCCAUCUUCAGAUGUACCAAUACAUAGUGCUGCACAAGACCAGGGUCUUUCAGGUGUUGUUCCAAAUGGUUCCACUGUCUCUGCUCCUAACGCUGCUGCUGUUCCUACUGAAGUUGGUGUCCCUGCACCGAAUGGCGCUGCUGCCGCACCUCAUGAAACCAAUACAGUCAUUGAGAAGAAGCCUUCAUCACCUCCCGCUGCGAAAGCGCGGCUGCCACAAGACAAAGUCGGUAUCUUCGAGGAUCGAAUUGCAGAGGAUCCUCGAGGAGAUGUCGAGGCUUGGUUGGGACUAAUCAAUGAGCACCGCAAGCGCAACAAGCUCGACGAUGCUCGCGCUGCAUACGAGCGUUUCUUCAAAGUCUUUCCCACAGCUGCUGAGAUAUGGGCGGAAUACGCCAAGAUGGAGGCAGACCACGAAGAAAAGCAUAGGUUCGAGGUGAUUCUCGGAAAAUCUCUUCCCACGAAUCCUCAUGUGCCUUUGUGGUCAUUGUACCUUGAUCACAUACGCCGAACCCAAAACCUCACACAAGACACCACAGGUCAAGCUAGGCAAAUCCUCUCCGAGACCUAUAACUUCGUGCUCGAGAAGAUCGGCAUAGAUAAAGACGCUGGUCCGAUCUGGAUGGACUAUAUUCAAUUUCUUCGCUCUGCACCAGGUGUUCCCAGCGGGAGUGGUUGGCAGGACGGCCAGAAGCGGGACGUACUCCGCGCAGCCUAUCAGCGCGCCAUCUGCAUUCCUACUUCGGCAGUCCAGGCACUGUGGAAGGAAUACGACGCGUUCGAGUCCGGUAUCAACAAGACCACUGGUCGCAAGUUUCUGCAAGAGAAGUCGCCAACAUAUAUGACCGCCCGGCAGGCAAACAUUGCCCUUCAGAACAUCACCAGGGACCUCAAGCGAACGACAACACCACGGUUACCCCCGGCACCAGGCUUUGAGGGCGACGUAGAGUACCUACAGCAAGUAGAUCUCUGGAACCGCUGGAUCGCAUGGGAGAAAGACGAUCCUCUGGUGCUGAAAGAAGAAGAUUCUACCGCCUACAAAGCUCGCGUUCUGUACGUUUACCGACAAGCGCUCAUGGCGCUCAGGUAUUGGCCGGAGAUGUGGUAUGAUGCGGCUGAGUUCUGCUUCCAUAACGGUCUUGAAACCGAAGGUACCGAGUUCCUCGACCAAGGGAUAGCCGCGAAUCCAGAGAGUUGUCUCCUAGCGUUCAAGAAGGCGGAUCGCAUCGAGUCUACGACCACAAGCGAGGAGGGUGAGGAGAGUUUGAAGGCUCGCGGCGAUGCUGUGCGGGAGCCGUACAAUGUUGUUCUGGACGCCCUUUACGACCUAAUCAUCAAGGUGCUGAAGCGCCAGGAGCAGGCUGUAGCUCGGAUUAAAGAGCACUUCGCACAGCAAGAAGCUUCGACACCACAAGCAGGCGGAGGUGACGAUGACGAUGAAGAUGAUCAGGCCGAGAAGGCAGCAGCGAAUGCAAGGGAAGAGCAACUAAAGACUCAGAUCGAGGCCAUCCAAGCAGGCCAUGCUGUAGAGAUGAAGAUGCUGUCCAGAACGGUCACAGCCGCUUGGAUUGCACUGAUGAGGGCAAUGCGACGUGUGCAGGGCAAGGGUAAGCCUAAAGCAGUGAUCGGUGGUUCACGCCAAAUUUUCGCGGAUGCUCGCGCACGAGGCCGGGUUACGAGCGAGCUCUAUAUCGCGGCAGCGCUUCUGGAGCACUACUGUUAUAAAGAUCCGGCGGCAACUUUGAUCUUCGAGAAGGGCUCGAAGCUAUUCAAGAACGAUGAGGUCUUUGCCAUGGCCCACUUGAAGCACUUGAUUGCCUUGAAUGAUAUCACCAACGCCCGCGCAACAUUCGAAACCACGGUCAGCCGCCUCACCGCCAAACCCGAAGACGUGCCUAAGUCCAAGCCCCUCUUCGCCUUCUUCCACGAAUACGAAUCCCACUACGGCGAGCUAUCUCAAGUCGCCAAGCUCGAAAAGCGCAUGGCAGACCUCUUCCCCGAAGACCCAUCCCUCAAGCGCUUCGCCCACCGCUUUGCGGCCCCAGACUUCGACCCUACCGCCAUUCGACCCAUCAUCUCGCCGCUCACACAAGCGAAGCCGAAGGCGCUAGCCCUGCCAAUGCCAAUGCCGUUGCCCGUCCCGACGAUCGAGCAACCGGCUGCAGCAGUCCAGGAGUCUCCGCGACCGCUCCCACCAGCACAAAUGAACUUCUCGCCCAAGCGCCCUUUCGACGACUCAGAUACCGAGUCAACGCACCAGGAGCGGCGCAAGAUGCCUCGCGGUGAGUCCCCACUCAAAGGCGCCGCGGGCCGCCGGCUCGACGCGCUCAACGAACGGCGCCUCAUGCAGCGAGAACGGGAGCGGGAACGUGGCGGCCAGGGUCAAACUGCGAGUCAUCACCAGCAGCAGAACAUGGGCGUGCAGCAUCCACCCCCGCCGCCGCCGCUGCCGAUGGAGGUGAAUUUUUUGCUAAGCGUCAUUCCGCCUGCUAGGCAGUAUAACUCGACGGUGUUCCCGCCGCAGAAGAUGGUGGAUCUACUGAGAAACAUCGAGCUGAGGCUGCUGCCGCAUGUGGUGCCGCAGUGGCAGGCGAUGCAGGGGGGCAGUGGAGGGGGAGGGUAUCAGUAUCCCCGAUGA